GGUUGCCUCGCUCUGCGCCAGCUUGGUUGACUUGGGUCAAGAAGACCCCCUCUACUCGAAGGCAAUUGCCUUGCGUUUUCAGCAGUCAAGUCCAGGCUUGGCUUAUAUCUGUUCUGUUUCCUGGUUGAUUUCACAAAUUAGUUCUGCAAAUCUUGUACAAUUUCAAAGUGGAAGAGAUUCUUUCAUCAAAAUGCUUUCCUUCAAUACUUUCUUUCUUCCCGUCGUGUUACUUCUCAUGCUUGCCGCCCUCAGCCUGACCACUCUUGCCCGACCCAGUUCCCUUUACCACGUCUGUGAAAACAGUACCUUCUCCCAAAAUAGCCUCUACAAUUCCAGUCUCAAAUCCCUCCUCUCUUCCCUCUCCUCCAACGUCACCCGCAACAUCGAAUUCUACAACACUACCUCCGGCCAGAACACCUCCGACAUCCUAUACGGCCUUUUCCUCUGCCGCGGCGAUGUCAGUUCCCAAAAGUGCCAAGCAUGCGUGGCUACCGCGACUAAAGAGCUCGCCACUAAGUGUUCCAAGGAAAAGAUUGCGGUUAUUUGGUACGACGAGUGCAUGAUUCACUAUUCCAACGAAUCUAUCUUCUCCACCGUGGCCGUAAGGCCCAGGAUUUCUCUGUUGAACACGCAGAACAUCACGGAGCAGGACCGAUUUAACCGGCUGGUGAACACGACGAUGACUGACUUGGCAAGCAGGGCCUCGAACUUUCCAAUCGGAGCCAAAAAAUUUGGAACCAAUGCAACGAAAUUUUCCGAGUUUCAAAAUCUGUACAACCUUGUACAAUGCACGCCGGACCUGUCUAGCACCGAUUGCUACCAGUGUCUCCAGACAGCUAUCAACCGUCUUCCGAUAUGUUGUAAUGGGAAGCAAGGGGGAAGGGUUCUGUUUCCAAGUUGUAAUGUUAGGUACGAAUUGUACCCAUUUUACGAGGGUGCAUCUCCGGCGCCCCCUCCUACGCAAGGGCCUCCAUCUCCGCCUCCACCUACGGGGUCUGCAUCUGGAUCAAAAGGAAAAUCAAAAAUCUCAACAACCACGACAGUCGCCAUUGUUGCUCCAAUUGCUGUCGCCGUGCUGCUAUUCAUUGUGGGCUGCUGUUUCCUAAUUAGGAGAGGUAGAAACAAGUUGGAUGCAGGAAAAGGAGACAAUGCUUUAAAUGAUAUUACCACUGUAGAGUCCUUGCAAUUUGAUUUUAGUACAAUUGAAGCUGCCACGAACAAAUUCUCCGAAAACAGCAAGCUAGGUGAAGGUGGAUUUGGUGUGGUUUACAAGGGUACACUUUCUAAUGGACAAGAAAUAGCUGUGAAGAGGCUUUCAAAAAGAUCUGGACAAGGUGCAGAACAAUUUAAGAAUGAGGUUGUAUUGGUAGCUAAGCUUCAACACAGAAACUUAGCGAGGCUAUUGGGAUUUUGCAUGGCAGGAGAAGAAAGGAUACUCGUCUAUGAAUUCAUACCCAACAAAAGCCUUGACAAUUUCCUAUAUGAUCCUGAAAGACAAAGACAGCUGGAUUGGUCCAAGCGUUACAAGAUAAUAGACGGAAUUGCUCGAGGAAUUCAAUAUCUUCAUGAAGAUUCUCGACUCAAAAUUAUACAUCGUGAUCUCAAAGUCAGCAAUAUAUUGUUAGAUGCCAACAUGAAUCCAAAAAUUUCAGAUUUUGGCAUGGCAAGGAUUUUUGGAGUUGAUCAAACUCAAGGAAACACAAGUAGGGUUGUUGGAACAUAUGGCUACAUGUCUCCCGAGUAUGCAAUGCAUGGAGAAUUUUCUGUGAAGUCAGAUGUUUAUAGUUUUGGUGUCUUGAUUCUAGAAAUUAUCAGUGGCAAGAAGAACAGUACUUUCUAUGAAUCAGAUGGUGCUGAGGACCUCUUGAGCUAUGCAUGGAUACAUUGGAGGGAUGGUACGCCCAUGGAAUUGUUGGAUCCAGUUUUGGGAGAUUCUUAUUCAAGAGACGAAGUCAUGAGAUGUAUCCAUAUUGGGUUAUUAUGUGUUCAGGAAGAUCCGGCGGACAGACCCUCCAUGGCGUCAAUAGUUCUCACACUCAGUAGCCACUCCGUUACACUGCAAGCGCCUCAGCAGCCAGCAUUUUUCCUUCGCAGUAAAACAGACAUGCCAACCAGGGUUCUGGAAUCAGGUCAAUCCACGAGCGCAUCGAUACCAUUGUCAGUCAAUGAAGCAUCCAUUACUGAACUACACCCUCGAUAGUUAUAUAUAUACAUCCGAAUUGAGUGAUCUUUUACUUGCUCGGAAUAGGAACUGAAGAAAAUUAUGUUCAAUGGUUCCAAGUGCAGUAGUAGGUCGAACAUUAUCAUGAGUUGAAACGUCCCUUCUGUAUGUUUGGGGUAUGUUAUGCUAAUUAGUCGUCAUGCAUGGUGUUGAGCAUGAAUAAGUGGGGGCUGGGCGUCUGUCAUGCAUGCAUGCCAACUUAAUCUUGUUUACUUUAAUUAAAAAUAUAUAUGGUCCAUGAUAAUUUUGAUUGCAAA